AGCAGGCAAAUGUGAAGCAGACUGACAAUAGCCACACAUCUCUGCCAGCUUUAAAAGAGGAAGAUGUUGAAGAGCAAAUCUUUGAUCCCAUCUCUGACUGCACACAAGCUUGCCUGUCUGUUGAGAAUGAUCUAGAGGUGAGAAAAGAGAAAUCCAGUGCUGAAAGGAAGAGGGACAAAGAGUGCUCUGUCAAUAUUACAAAAGAGAAAACACAAGGCCAGAAGAAAAAAAGGAGCUCUCGCAGCACAGAACAUAAUGAACCAACGAAAAAUAAGAAGGCCAAGAGGGAAGAUGACGAGGACAAGGAAAAACAGAAAGAAAAAGGACAAGCAAAAAAAGCUGAUGAUGAAGCUGGGAAAUGGAAAUGGUGGGAGGAAGGGAAGCACGCCGAUGGUCAGAAGUGGAAAAGUCUUGAGCAUAAAGGGCCUCUCUUCCCACCAGAAUAUGAACCUUUACCAAGCAAUGUGCCAUUUUUAUAUGAUGGAAAGCCUGUGCAACUUAGCCUGGCUGCUGAAGAAGUAGCAACUUUCUAUGCCAAGAUGCUGGAUCAUGAGUACACCACCAAGGAGAAUUUUCAAAAUAAUUUCUUCACUGACUGGAGGGAGGUAAUGACAGAAGAUGAGAGGAAAUUAAUCAAGAAGCUGUCCAAGUGUGACUUCAGCAAAAUCCAUAAAUACUUUGUGGAAAAGUCAGAAGAAAAGAAGAACAUGACCAAAGAAGAAAAACAGGUUUUAAAGGAGGAAGCUAAUAAACUAACCGAGGAGUAUGGAUUCUGUCUGCUGGAUGGACAUAAGGAGAAAAUAGGCAAUUUUCGUCUGGAGCCUCCAGGGCUGUUUAGAGGACGAGGGGAACACCCCAAAAUGGGCAAGCUGAAGAAACGCGUCCAGCCUGAGGAUGUAAUUAUUAACUGCAGUCAAGAUGCGAAGGUCCCAGAGCCACCUGCAGGCCAUCACUGGAAGAGAGUGCAGCAUGAAAACACGGUCACGUGGCUGGCAUCAUGGGUGGAGAACAUCCAUGGACACAUUAAGUACAUCAUGCUCAAUCCCAGCUCCAAACUCAAGGGUGAGAAGGACUGGCAGAAGUAUGAAACUGCACGUAAGCUGAAACUGAGAGUGGAUGCUAUCAGACGUGAGUACCGAAAGGCCUGGACUGCUCGAGAGAUGAAACAAAGACAACGAGGAGUCGCUUUAUACUUCAUCGACAAGCUAGCUCUGAGGGCUGGUAAUGAGAAGGAUGAUGAUACCGCAGACACGGUGGGCUGCUGUUCUCUGCGUGUAGAGCACAUUACUCUCCACAAGCACCAGGAUGGUCAGGACUACGUAGUGGAGUUUGACUUCCUGGGCAAGGACUCCAUCCGGUACUACAACAAAGUGCCUGUGGAAAAACAAGUUUUCAAAAACUUGAAACUUUUCAUGGAAAACAAGGAUCCAGAAGAUGACCUAUUCGACAGAAUUUCUACAAUCUAUCUCAAUAAGAAGCUGAAUGAGGCAAUGCCUGGACUGACCGCCAAAGUGUUUCGAACUUUCAAUGCUUCCACCACUCUGCAGGAGCAGCUGGACAAACUCACCAUCGAUGAUAUGACUGUGGAGGAAAAACUGCUGGCGUAUAACCGAGCCAACAGAGCUGUGGCUAUACUCUGCAACCACCAGAGGGCGGCACCCAAAACAUUUGAGAAGUCCAUGUUGGCUCUUCAGGAGAAGAUCAAGAAGAAAACGGAGGAAGUGGAGAAAGCCAAAAAGGAGCUGAAGCAAGCAAAGAAAGAUCACAAGGAGCAACCAUCAGAGAAGUCAAAGAAGCUGGUGGAGAAGAAGGAGAAAGCUUUGAAGAGGCUGUCAGAACAGUUAAAGAAGCUGAAGCUGCAGGAAACGGACCGAGAGGAGAACAAGGUCAUCGCUCUGGGCACUUCCAAGCUCAACUACCUCGACCCCCGCAUCACUGUGGCCUGGUGUAAGAAGCACAACGUUCCUGUGGAGAAGAUCUACAACAAGACUCACAGGGCGAAGUUUGCCUGGGCUAUUGACAUGGCUGAUGAAAACUUCCAGUUCUAACACACAAGAGGCUAUGCUUUUUUUCUCUCUUUUCUUCAUUUGUUUUUCCUUCUCAUUUCCAGUCUUUUUUAUUUCCUAUUCUUUUUAUUUUGAGCAUUUUGAACAGCUACAAUUAAUUUGUUCUUUUUUUUUUUUUUUACAGUCUUAGUUUAAAAAAAAAAAACUACUGUGAUGUCUCUCUUUUGUUGGAUUUAUGUGUGUAGUAAAAUAUGAAUACAAAGCUUGAAGGCUAUGCUUUGGUUUCUUUGGUUCUGAAUGAAAAGGCUUAUGGUUCCUCUAUUUUCAACAGCAUAGGAAGGCUGUUUGUGAGGGGGGAAAACCUUGCCCUACAGUAACACUAACUACAUUUGUGCUUAAAAGCUGUCCAAACAUUGGAACAUAACACCACGCCUUCUUGUAAAGAAAGUGUUUCCAAGUAUAGAUGAGCUUGCAAGCACAGAUUCAGUACAUUCCUGUGCUGGGAAUGAAAGCAAUAAUAGCAUUUCAGAAGUGGGUGGUGAGGAUGUGAGCUGAAAUUCUCUUAUUAUGCGAAAUGUCACACAUGCAAUGAUUACACGCUUUAAGACAAUUUGAGUGUCAAAUUCACAUGCAUAUUCUGUGUGUUGUCAGUAAUCAUUGCAGUGGUUUGGAUUUCCUCAGACCGAACCUUCCUGGGUAUUUUACUGCCUUUAAACGUAAUAAAAAUAUAUUCUUUGAAUACAUGGAUAUUCCAGAAUAUGCAGGACCAGAUGGGUAAAAAAAAAAACAUUAUUUCUAUGCCAUAUGUCCCAUGACUUCAACAGUGUCUCCAAAAAUUCAGUAAUCAAUGGGA